GUCAGCAUAUUCAUAGAAUAACAUACGAAAAAUUAAAAUGACAGAACACGUGAAUUUUAGUAAACUAAAGUUAAAAUUAAAUUACAGUAACGAUGAAUCAGCAUAUAAUCGUUAUUUUUCAUUCUUUCGAUUUAUUCUAUGGAAAAUAACCGGAUUAUCGCCAUGGAAAUUUGAAUCUUCUGGAAUAUUCCAUAACAGCAAAAUCAAUAGUAGUGAUAAAAAUGAUGUAUGCAGUAUUUCAUAUGUCGGAUCAUGUUAUAAUGUUUUGGUAUUUUUAGCUAUCGAUUCAUUUGCGGUUUAUCGACUUCUUGACCAAUCAUUCAAUAGAAAUUAUCCAGGGCCAAUAUUGUCAUUGAUAAUAGUAAAAUUUUUGUUCAUCGCAUUGUUGUGCGCGAGUUUGAUACCGCUAAUGUACAUCAUUUGGCAGAAGAUAAUCAUAACAGUUAAUAAUGACUUUGAAAAUGUAGAUGAGAUAUUGAGUAAAUGCACCGAUUAUGAAAUUAAAAAAAGUCAUUUGAAUAAUUUUAUAUUUACUGUUAAUUUGUUUACGAAAAUUUGUCUAAUACUGACUUUAGAUCUGUUUUACUAUUCAACAGAAAGAGUAUUUUAUGAAAUAAUACCUAGUAUUAUUAGUAGUGGGGUGAUAAUACAAUACGCGACGCAGCUUAAUAGGGUUAAUAAGAGAUUCAAAAGUAUAAAUUUGGCGAUUUCGAAGUUGAGCGAUUUUAAAAUUAGCGCUGCUCUAACGCAAGUGUCAUCUGUAACACAAACAGUACUGUCUCGUGAAUCAAUUCUUUAUGAGAUUGAAAACAUAAAAUGUGCUUACAUUAAAUUGUGUGAAAUGUGUGAAAAUAUUGCAGACUUUUAUGGAAUACCCAUUUUGAUUGCCAUUUUUUCAUUUGCUGUUAGAAGUAUAUUUACUGUUUACUUUUCGAUUCUGUCAUUGGUUAAGAUCCAACUAGAAAAUAUUGUUUGGUAUCAGAAUGGAAUACGACUAUUGUGGAUUAUUUUUCUAUUCACGGUGUUAACAUCUAGUGUGACAACGAUAACAAAACAGAACAAGAAACUCGCAAGAAUUAUAAACUCGCUUACGGAUCGGUGUACAAUGGAUGAGAAAAUAAAAAAAAAUUUGGCCAAAUUUUCUAAUGAUCUCCGGCAUUUAAAGGUUGAAUUAACUGCUUGUGAUAUCAUACCACUAGAUCGCACGCUUUUAGCAAUUAUUACCGGUACAAUCGCAACGUAUCUUGUCAUUGGUGUUCAAUUCGCCCUUAGUACGCGAUCUCAUAAGUGAUUUGAUUAAUAUUUAAAAAUAUGUUUGCGUGCGCAUGUAACUAAGUAACUUCUUAGUGUGUAAUUAUAUUUUUAAUUAGUUUUAAUUAAAAUCUAUCAUUAUUUAAAUGAAAAAUUAAAGUAGAUAAUUUGUAUCGCUGGUGAAAAAUAAACUCAUGAAGUU